AUGUCCCCUAGGAUCCGGUUAAUGAAUGUCGAGCUGCAUGAGUGGUUUGCCCGGCGCUGGAGGCGAGCUGCUGGAGCUGCUGGAGCUGGAGGUGCUGCGGGUACUGGAGGUUCUGUUGCUUCUGAGGGAGCUGGUGCCACGGGUCCCGGCGGUGCUCGUACUGGGAGUACUGGAGCUGCUGGACCUGCGGGUACUUCUGGAGCUGGAGUUGCUGCGGGUGUUGGCGCGGAGGCUACUGCUGUCGGUCCUGGAGGCGGUCCUGCUGGGGGUACUACUGGUGCUGCUGGGGGUUCUGGAGCUGGAGCUGCUACUGGUGCUGGUGCUGCCCCUGGGGGUGCUGGUGCUGUCCCUCCUGUGUCUGGAGUCGCCGCGCGGCCUCGGCCGUACUUCGUUCCGCUCCUUCAGCAGGUUCUUGGUCUCCCGCCUUCUACUGGUCCUCCUCCUCCUCCCUUAGAGUGUCCACAGCCUGUCCCGUCGCAGUUACAGUUACAGCCGGCCUCCCCACUGCCUGCUCCGUCUCCCUACACUGGUCCUACUGGAGGUCUUGCUGAGCGUCGUGAGCCUGCGUCUCGCCCUGCGUCGCCUGUCCGUGCUGCUAGCACUAGUGGUCGCGGUUCGCGUCAGCGUCCUCCUCCUGUCCCUGGCACGCACCGGAUGUCUCUGCGUCCGUCCACUGCUCCUCUGCGUGCCCCUUUGCCUUCUCCUCCUGAGUCUUCUCUUCCUACUCUUGCCGACCCGGAGUCGGACUCUCUUCGCGCUGCCAGUCCUACUGUCACGCGUCUCCUUGCUACGGUUGUCACUGACCCUUCCUUUGAGUCCACUGCUGCGUCUGCUCUAGUUGCUGAGCUCGUCGACUUUGCUGCUCGCUGUCGCCUAGACUACGUCGCCAGUCUUGUUGCUGAGUCUGAGUCUGUCUGUCCUCCGUCCGUCGGGGGUGAGUGUGCCCUUGGCACGGACGUCCUUGAGGACAGGCAGGAGGAGUUCCAGUGCUUGGCCGCUGCUUCACCUCAUCUCGUGUCCGUACUGCUUACCCCUGAGGGAGACCCGGAUGCACUUGACAUCCCGACUCCGCGCUCUUACGCGGAGGCGAUAGAGGGUCCCUACUCCUCUCAGUGGCAGGCAGCUAUGGACGCAGAGAUGGCUUCCUGGAAGUCCACAGGCACCUACGUUGACGAGGUUCCCCCGCCUGGGGCGAACAUCGUCAGUGGCAUGUGGAUUUUCAGGGUGAAGCGACCGCCGGGUUCUCCGCCUGUCUUCAAGGCGCGUUACGUGGCUCGUGGCUUCAGUCAGCAGCAGGGAGUUGACUACUUUCAGACCUUCUCUCCCACCCCGAAGAUGACCACUCUUCGGGUACUGCUGCACGUAGCUGCUCACCGUGACUACGAGCUACACUCUCUUGACUUCAGCACUGCUUUCUUGCAGGGCAGCCUGCACGAGGAGAUCUGGCUGCGUCGCCCACCUGGCUUCACUGGGUCUUUUCCUCCUGGCACCCAGUGGAGCCUACGGUGGCCAGUCUACGGUCUCCGCCAGGCACCGCGUGAGUGGCACGACACACUGAGGACUACACUUGCGGCUCUUGGGUUUGCUCCCUCUACUGCCGACCCGUCGCUGUUUCUACGCACCGACACUUCUUUGCCGCCGUUCUACAUCCUCGUGUACGUCGACGACUUGGUCUUUGCCACAGCUGACACUGCUGGACUAGCCCACGUGAAGUCCGAGCUGCAGAAGAGACACGUGUGCACUGACUUGGGUGAACUGCGCAGCUACCUUGGCUUGCAGAUCACUCGGGACAGAGCACGCCGCACCAUUACCCUGACUCAGUCACACAUGGUGCAGCAGGUCCUUCAGCACUUCGGCUUCACGUACUCCUCGCCUCAGGCCACUCCUAUGCCUACUCGCCACUCGCUCUCAGCUCUGCCUUCGGAUGAGUCCGUAGAGUCGAGUGGCCCGUACCCAGAGCUUGUUGGCUGCCUCAUGUACCUGAUGACCUGCACACGACCUGACCUUGCAUACCCUCUUAGCAUUCUUGCACGCUAUGUUGCUCCUGGGAGACACAGACCGGAGCACAUGGCUGCAGCGAAGAGGGUGUUGCGCUACUUGUGCAGUACGUCGGGCAUGGGGCUUGUGCUUGGAGGGCAGAGUCCAGUGGUCCUUACUGGGCACGCAGACGCUUCUUGGGCUGACGACCAGGCUACGCAGCGGUCGUCACAGGGUUACACCUUCAGCCUUGGUUCCGGCUCUGUUUCGUGGCGGGCUACUCGCUCGUCUUCUGUUCUCGGCUCCAGUUGUGAGGCUGAGAUCUACGCAGGAGCCAUGGCUGCACAGGAGCUUCGCUGGCUCACCUACCUGCUGACUGACCUCGGAGAGUUGCCUCGUUCUCCUCCAGUGCUGUACGUAGACAACAAGGCCAUGCUGGCCUUGUGUCGGGAGCAGCGACUGGAGCACAGAACGAAGCACAUUGCUCUCCGCUACUUUCUUGCUCGUGAGCUGCAGCAGCGUGGUCAGCUGCGUCUUGCGUACGUGGCCUCUGAGGCCAACACUGCUGAUAUCUUCACCAAGGCACUUGCGCCUUGUGACCAUCAGCGCUUCUGUACUCAGCUGGGCCUUGUGCCUACCUUGCCUCACUUGCUCACCUCUUGA